AAAAAGACAUUAAUGCUCAAUGAUGAGUAUAUAAAGCUCAUCUCUGAACCAUUGAAAUAAACCAAGAAAAUCCAUGGAGACUCCUUCCAAAGAUAUCAAGAACAAAGGGGAUGAUGCCCAAGAAAAACCAAAGGUGGAAAAUGAGGAGGGACGAGGUGAAAAAGUGAAAGUAGUUGAAAAUGCGACUCCAUCCCAAGAUAUCAAGACCAUAGGAGACGAUGCACAAGAAAAACCAAAAGUGGAACAUGAAGAGGGAGGAGAUGAAAAAGAUACUCCAUCCGAAGAUAUCAAGAACAAAGGAGACGAUGCACAAGAAAAACCAAAAGUGGAACAUGAGGAGGAAAAACAUGGAAAAGAGAGAAUAACUAUAACGCCACCAGGCAGAGCAAGGGGAUCAGCACCUCCAGGAAAACGUGAUCCUCCUGGUAUGCAGACAGGAUAACAUACCAUAGCCUAAUAGAUAAAUAAAAAGGUCAAAUAUGUUGACCUGAAAAUAUAUUUAUGGUAUAUUUGACUAAAUAAUGUAAUUUGGUUAUAGUACUUUGAAAAGUUUGUUAGAUUGUUAAGUUAAGUGGUGCUUGUACUCCACUUCCUUUCUUUUUGAAUAAUUUUCAACUACUAUUUUAAAAGGGUGGAGUUGUCACCUAAGAAAAUAAGAUGAAUCAAUCCGAUUGUGUUAGGUCACUUAAAUUCAAUUAUAUUUCAAACCUUUAUGGAUCGUCUGAUGAUAAUGUAUCAUCGUUUCGUAUUGUAUCGUAUCGUAUCGUAUUGUAUUGUAUUGUA